UUCAGAAACCACAUUAUACAAAGACACACAACGUAACCCAAUAUUUAGCAGACGAGGAAAUGGCUCCUGAAUUGAGCUCCGGGGAGGUGAGGGCAGAGCGAGAUGCGGCGCCGAGGCGCGGGUACGUGACGUUCCUGGCCGGAAAUGGGGACUACGUGAAGGGGGUGGUGGGGCUGGCGAAGGGGCUGAGGAAAGUGAAGAGCAAGUACCCGCUGCUAGUGGCGGUGCUGCCGGACGUGCCGGAGGAGCACCGGGAGUUGCUGCGGUGGCAGGGCUGCGUGGUCCGGGAGAUCGAGCCGGUUCACCCGCCCGAAAACCAGACACGAUUCGCCAUGGCUUACUACGUCAUCAAUUACUCCAAGCUCCGUAUCUGGGAGUUUGUUGAUUUCAAGAAGAUGAUAUAUUUGGAUGGAGACAUCCAAGUGUUCGAAAACAUAGACCACCUGUUCGAGAUGGAGGACUCGUAUUUCUACGCAGUGAUGGACUGUUUCUGCGAGAAGACAUGGAGCCAUACAGCGCAGUACAAGAUCGGGUACUGCCAGCAGUGCCCCGACAAGGUUCAGUGGGCGGCGCACCUCGGCCCCAAGCCUCCUCUCUACUUCAACGCCGGCAUGUUCGUGUUCGAGCCACACUUGACCACUUACCGCCGCCUCCUCUCCACCCUCCAAACCACCCCUCCCACCCCUUUCGCUGAACAGGACUUUCUGAACAUGUUCUUCAGAGAGAAAUACAGGCCAAUUCCACCAGUAUACAACUUGGUGAUGGCGAUGCUAUGGCGCCACCCGGAGAACGUGGAGCUCGACAAAGUCAAAGUGGUUCACUAUUGCGCCGCUGGGUCGAAGCCAUGGAGGUACACCGGAGAAGAGGAGAACAUGGAGAGGGAAGACAUAAAAAUGCUCGUGAAGAAAUGGUGGGAAAUUUACGACGACGAGAGCUUGGAUUUCAACUACAAGGUCGAAAAUGGCGGCAACGAACAAGUCAACCGCCAAACAUUUUUGGCAGCGGAGGCUGGUGUCGUUCACUACCACACUGCUCCAUCAGCAGCCUAAUUAAUUGCCCCGAAUUACACGAAUGGAUAGAUAUAUGAAUUAGUUAUAUUAGUAUAUAAUAUAUGAUGAAUAUGGUUCUUUCCACCUAAUUUUCAAAUAUUAAGAAUCAAAAGAAGAGAGAUUGUGAUGUUGAUGAUUAUUAAUUUGUGAGUUCUAAUAUGUAAAUUAGAGUGCUUUGGGGAGGAUUUUAAUGUAUUGAACUUAAUUCCUUUUGUAAUAGUUGGCUUUUGUUCCUAUAUUA